UCGGUAGGAAGAGAUAUUUAGUUAAUAUUUGACCUACUAUACGCAUUCAUGAAAAUUGUUUUAUUGUGCUUUUUGGCCUUUUUGGCCACUUCGGGGGCUAAGCCGACCAAAGUGUUAUUAGGAUCAGCAUGUACCGAAACUCUUCCAUUCGCUCACCCUAAUUGUAACUACUACUAUGUAUGUACUCCAUAUGGACUUCAAGAAAUGCCUUGCGCCCCGGGAACCGUAUUUGAUCCUGACAUAUUUGGCUGCAACUGGCCCAGAGCUGGUCUCUGUGACUCACAAACCACAAAUCCUGAACCACAGCCAGAACCAGAACCUGAACCAAGUACUGAACCAGAACCGAAACCCCAACCAGAACCUGUACCAAGUCCUGAACCAGAACCUGAACCACAGCCGCAACCAAAACCUGAACCAAGUACAGAACCAGAACCAGAACCUGAACCAAGUACUGAACCAGAACCUGAACCCCAACCAGAACCCGAACCCGAACCAAGUCCUGAACCAGAACCAGAACCACAGCCAGAACCAGAACCUGAACCAAGCACUGAACGAGAACCUGAACCCAAACCAGAACCUGAACCCGAACCUAGUCCUGAACCAGAACCAGAACCACAACCAGAACCCGAACCAAGUCCUGAACCAAAACCUGAACCACAGCCAGAACCAAAACCCGAACCAAGUACUGAACCACAACCUGAACCACAGCCAGAACCGGAACCACAACCUGAACCACAACCAGAACCCGAACCAAGUCCAGAACCAAAACCCGAACCAAGUACUGAACCACAACCGGAACCAAAACCAGAACCAAGUAGUGAACCAGAACCUGAACCACAACCAGAACCGGAACCUAAACCACAGCCAGAACCAGAACCUGAACCACAACCAGAACCAAAGCCCGAACCAAGUCCUAAACCAGAACCGGAACCCCAACCUAAACCUAGUCCUGAACCAGAACCUGAACCACAACCAGAACCAGAACCCGAACCAAGUCCCCAACCAGAACCUGAACCACAGCCAGAACCAGAACCUGAACCACAACCAGAACCAGAACCCGAACCAAGUCCUGAACCAGAACCGGAACCACAACCUGAACCUAGUCCUAAACCAGAACCUGAACCACAGCCAGAACCAGAACCCAAACCAAGUCCUGAACCAGAACCAGAACCACAACCUGAACCUAGUCCUGAACCAGAACCUGAACCACAACCAGAACCAGAACCCGAACCAAGUCCGGAACCAGAACCUGAACCACAGCCAGAACCAGAACACGAAACAAGUCCCCAACCAGAACCUGAACCACAGCCAGAACCAGAACCUGAACCACAACCAGAACCAGAACCCGAACCAAGUCCUGAACCAGAACCGGAACCACAACCUGAACCUAGUCCUGAACCAGAACCUGAACCACAACCAGAACCAGAACCCGAACCAAGUCCGGAACCAGAACCUGAACCACAGCCAGAACCACAGCCAGAACCAGAACCCGAACCAAGUCCUGAACCAGAACCUGAACCACAACCAGAACCAGAACCCGAACCAAGUCCCCAACCAGAACCUGAACCACAGCCAGAACCAGAACCUAAACCACAACCAGAACCAGAACCCAAACCAAGUCCUGAACCAGAACCGGAACCACAACCUGAACCUAGUCCUGAACCAAAACCUGACCCACAACCAGAACCAGAACCCGAACCAAGUCCGGAACCAGAACCUAAACCACAGCCAGAACCAGAACCCGAACCAAGUCCCCAACCAGAACCUGAACCACAGCCAGAACCAGAACCUGAACCACAGCCAGAACCAGAACACGAACCAAGUCCCCAACCAGAACCUGAACCACAGCCAGAACCAGAACCUGAACCAGAACCAGAGCCCGAACCAAAUCCUGAACCAGAACCGGAACCACAACCUGAACCUAGUCCUGAACCAGAACCUGAACCACAACCAAAACCAGAACCCGAACCAAGUCCGGAACCAGAACCUGAACCACAGCCAGAACCAGAACCCGAACCAAGUCCCCAACCAGAACCUGAACCACAGCCAGAACCAAAACCAGAACCAAGUCCUGAACCAGAACCUGAACCACAACCAGAACCAGAACCUAAACCACAGCCAGAACCUGAAUCUAAAUCAAGUACUGAACCAGAACUUGAACCAAGUACUGAACCAGAACCUGUACCGCAACCAAAACCAGAACCUGAACCACAGCCAGAACCAGAACCUGAACCACAACCAGAACCAGAACCCAAACCAAGUCCUGAACCAGAACCUGAACCACAGCCAGAACCAGAACCAGAACCAAGUCCCCAACCAGAACCUGAACCACAGCCAGAACCAGAACCUGAACCACAACCAGAACCCGAACCAAGUCCUGAACCAGAACCUGAACCACAGCCAGAACCAAAACCAGAACCAAGUCCUGAACCAGAACCCGAACCAAGUCCAGAACCAAAACCCGAACCAAGUACUGAACCAGAACCUGAACCACAGCCAGAACCGAAACCAAAACCAAGUCCUGAACCAGAACCUGAACCACAACCAGAACCGGAACCUAAACCACAGCCAGAACCAGAACCUGAACCACAACCAGAACCAGAGCCCGAACCAAGUCCUGAACCAGAACCGGAACCACAACCUGAACCACAACCAGAACCCGAACCAAGUCCUGAACCAGAACCUAAACCAAGUACUGAACGAGAGCCUGAACCCAAACCAGAACCUGAUAACGCCACUGAUGCUCCGGAAAAGGUGACUGGAGGAUCUGAAAAUAAUGAGAAAAACGACAAUGAAGAGCAAACUACAGAACAACCAGAAACGCCCCUUAAUAUAUGUGAGCAGAAUCCGGAUUCAUUAUUCUUUGCCCCCGAUCCAAGUGACUGCACAAAAUUCAUAGCUUGUAAUAACGGAGCAGCAAUUCCAAUGUCCUGCCAAGCUAACGAAUACUUCGAUUCAGAACAGCUGGUAUGUUCACACGACGCUAAAGUUUGCAAGUAAUUAGUUACAAUUCUAGUUUAAAUAUGUCAUUAUAAAGUUGUAAUAUAUGACUAUUUAUAUUUCAAUAAAUUUAUUGUAUUAAUAAAAUUUUUAAUUUUG